AGUAAACAACUUUUUCCAACUCCAGAAUCACCUACUAUGAUAAAUUUAAAACUAUAAUGGUAAUUAUACUGUUAUUUAUUCAUAAUAAUACAAAUAAAUUUUGUUAAUAAAAUAAAUAAAAUGAAUCCAAAUACACCAUUCAACGAACGAUUUGCUAAAAUUUCUGAAAAACUCAGCUCCAUUUAAUUACACCAUGAUAGUUCCAAAGCUCAUCGUAUUGAUGUUAUUUGUGGCCGAGUAUCUGGUGUUGAAGAAAGAAUUCAAGAUACUAUUACAUCCUAUAACAGAAAAUUGGUAUAAAUUUCAUAUCAUUUUAGCAUUCCCUAAAAGAUGAAAUUGUGAGAUUAUAAAAAUAAAUAGAAGAAGAAAACAAUGUUUUUGAAGCAUAGUUUGAAUAAAGAGUGAGAGAAAUUGCUGCUUUUGAAAGUCGUAUAACGACUAAAUUAGAAUAAGAAAUUUCAAUAAGAAAAGAUGGAAAUCUAAAAUUAUAAGGUUAUUUAGAUGAAAAAGUAAUAAUCCUUAAUAGUAUUAGGUUGUUUAUUUAAAAUCAGAUAUUUAAACAGAAAGUAAAAUUAGACAAGAAUAAAUUGAAAAUAUAACAACUUCAUUAGAAAAUGAUUUACCAAAACUUUAUGAUUUGGUAAAGACAGAAGGUUAAGAUAGAGAAGAUAGUGAUAAUGGUACUUUGAGAAGAGCAGGAGAUGAAAUUAAGAGAUUAAAUGAAGGAUUGGCUAAUUAAAAGAAGUUGAGGUAUUUUUUUAUUAAAUUAUUAUUAGAGAGGAAUCAGAAGCAGCAAUUUUUGAGAUGCUUAAAGAUUUGGUUUCAAGAGUAAAGAGUGAAAUUGAAGAAGAAAAGAAAUUAAGAGAAGAAAGUUAGGAGAAUUUGUUAGGUUUACUUGAAGAUGCAUGUAAUAAAAUUUACAGAGCUGCAAAAGAUUGAUA